AUGCAAACCCAUAACCAGGCUGCCUCGGGAGCCACCCCCAUAUCUAGCUCAACUCUCGGUGGUGUGACAGGAUACAGAAAUCAGAUGGUAUCGAACUUGGAAACAAAACAAAACGAUAUUCUCUCGGCUCUUGAGACAGCUUUGCUCACACAGCAGAAAGUACUGGAUAUUAAUCAGACGCUUGAAGCCGAGCUACGGAAAACAAGAGGCGAGAGCAACGCAACGUUGCAGUGGACAUCACAGCAAUUGAAAACCGAUGCCUUGUCUUGCAAGUUUCAACAUCAUAACGCUCAAACGCAGUCUGAACAACAAAACGACCAGACAGAGCUGGACUUGCAGCUACUGGAAGAAGGCAACGAGCAGAAGGGUGAAACAGAACCUGUACGAAAGUGUUUGAAGUCAUCUGAACGCAGCAUUGAAUAUACAGGCUUAGCUAGCAGUAAAAGCUUGAGAAGCAGAAGGAACCUACAUCGAGGCUUAGGAGACAGUCCAUUAAUGAAAUGA